GCGUUCAAUUUCAAACCUCACGGGGCAUGCUGCGCGUGUUUCGUGACAAAAUCCGUGAAGAACACCAAGAAGCCGAUGGGAGGAACCAGAAUUUGUGACCACGGAUGAAUUUGAACAAGUGUGUGGUACAGGUGAAGGAGUGCCGUGUCUGAGCUCGAUAAGGCUAAUAACUUAUCUCUAACCUGGCUCCCCCCCUCUCCCCUCCGGGGGCCGAUAAGUGCGCGAAAGUCACCUCCCAACGAAAUCCGUUAGCCGCACCAACCCGAGAACAAGACCAUCCCCGGGGCUGGUUUUCGGCGUGCGUGCCUCGGCCAGUGUGUGUGCUUUACGAGGUUCUUCGCUGGAGCCACCAGCAGCAGCAACCAGCGGAGAUAAUUCGCGAAUUUGACCCCCUUUUUGGGAGCCUCCGCUUGGAGCGUGUCAUCCGGUUGUCACCUUCACGGAUUUCAGGGCCGCAGCUUCUUCGAUUGUCCGGUUUCGGAGUCGUAUUUGAUCAUCUGUUUCCCGCACCAGCUCCCUCUUUCUGUUGUCGCUGCCACCACCAUACAAUUUACGUAAUGCUCACGUUUCCUGUGUAACCACUCACUACUGAAAGGCGGAUGUGUCGGCGACAGCAUCGACAAUUCGAUGAAUCAAAGGGGGGAAGAGAUUUAUGUGUCCCCACGGUUAUGUUGGCGACAAUUGAAUCACCCACUCCCCUCUCUGGUAGGGUGUCGAAUUCGCAAACAACUACUUUGACCUUCAUUAAUUCAUUUGUCCAGUUGUUUAGUUUAAAUUAAAAAAGAAAUAGAAUGGCCUGCCACGGUCAACACCCUUCCAAUCCAUAAAGUCACGGCAAUUUGUAACUCCAAUCGCAAAGUCCGUAUAACAAAGGACCUCGCCACGACGUCCAAGUGCUUAUUACGAGGAGCUGCAAAUUUAGAAAUUACCCAUCGAUGAACGGAAGGCCGGGCGCCGGCUGAAUGAUGUAUAAACCCAUUUUCUAAUUAAUCUACUCGCCUUCGCUUGUUCGUGCGUGGUCUACUAGAUGCCACCACAUAGAUCACCACCAGCAGGUGUACGGUGUAUAGUUUUACAUAAUUGCUUAUCGUUAACGAUGAUUUAGUGGCUUCCGUAAUCACUCGCCACCCUCGCAACCGCGCGGCUUCGGCCACUUCAAACACCUCGUUAAGCAUUAGUUUCCACCGUUCCAGAUACCGCGGUAUCACCGUUUUACAAAAAAAAAAAAGAAACGAAACGAAACCAUCCAAGAAUGCGCGAAGCCGUUGCUGUAGAAGUGGAGUUGUGACACCCCGCGCCCUGCCCUUGGAUUCGCUUGGCCCCAGUCUCUCUAUUAGUUGCCCAUUUUCGACACGAAAGUUUUACGAAAGACCGCUUGCCCCGCCGCCGGUGCCACAGGUGCUGCACACACCGAGGACAGAUGGCAAACUUUCUUCUUUGUCGCUCCCACCCUCGGUUUAAUAUUUCGCAAAACGGUGCUACUCCUUGGCCGAGGUGGCUCUCGGCCCGCCACUAUCAGUAGGACACAAUCUCCGCUUCAACGCCAAACAGGAAACAACCCGGCAUUCCCGCCCAUCCAUCCAUCCAUUUACGAAACUUCGCCCCGUCGUCUCCGUUUUUCCCUGCUGAUGGUGCUUGGUCACGCCAUCACGGAACACGGCACACGUCGUCGUCCCAGGUCCGGGGCACAGGUGUUCCGCCGUAGUAGAAUCACGUUGUAGGGACGGCUCAGGAGAGGGAGAGGCGGUAUUCCCGGUUCGUUUCGUCAUCUAUUGCUGCUACUGCUGCUAGACGUCACCGUAGAUUGUAGCAUUGCGUGUGCCGGUAAUCUCGAUUUCGGUAUCCCAGCAUCGACCAGCUUCUGACGCAAUAGGAACCCACCGGGGGCGGGAGGAGAAGGUGGGGUGUAGAUUGUAGGUCAUGUUUGUACACCCGGUGGCCGCCGCCGCCGCCGCCUUGCGCUGUUCAAGGUCGCGUCGCGUUAGCAGUGAUUUCGUUUGGACUCUGGUUCGAGAGCUUUCUAAUUCUUAGAUCUUUCUGUAAACUGCAGCAAUAGAAAGUGCAUUUAUCGAAUGGUGGAAAUCGUGCGCUGCAAUAGGCGCUACUGAAGUGAAAUCGAAUAUAGUGCACAGUGUCGGCGGGUGGCGGGCUCUGGAUGGUACUAUAUGGUGGUGUUUUAGUGAGAAAGUUCGGAACCAGCAAGCCGCGUGUCACGCAUUAGCUGCUGCUCUGGCUCUCAGCUCUCUGCUAUGCUUCAGCGAGCGGUUGCCAGGAGUUACUGAUGCGAAAGUAGCAACCGCUGAUCGUUUGCUAAGCCCGUGAGUGAGAGAAGAUUCACUCCAGCAUGAUGGACGUCGGUGGCUAUAAACCCAAGCUGGAACCGGCAUCCGGCGAUAGCGCUGACGAGCUGAAUGGUGGUGUCGUGAAAGUGGACCCCUUCGAUGGUCGCAACGGUGGUGAUGAUGGCGAGUACCUCCAGCAGCAGCUGCAACAACCACAA